AUGAGCCUGCUACAAUCCAUCGCACGAACGCUGCGCAUCGGCAAGGCACGCUACAUCGUGGGCCACGAUCUGGUGGGAAAUGCCUACCUCGAGCUGCCGUCGCUCUCGGGCUCGUUGGAUCCGCGCCAUACCCGCCGCUCGAUCCAGUGGAAGGAGAAAAGGGAGAUGGGCGACUACGACCAGCGCUCCAUCCCCGUGCAGUGGGUCAUGUGGCUGCGCCAUACGCGCCGCGAUCCGCCCAGCAUCGAGGAGCUCGCACGCGACCGCCAGCGCAUCCUCACCACCCAGGCCAACGCCGCCCGUCUCGCACUCGAAGACCAGCAGCGCAGGCAAAACGAACAGCAGGCGCGAAUCGAGGAGCACGAAAGCGCAAAACAGCGCGCCCAGACCCUCCUACACUCCAACUCGGCCAUGCCCACCGCUACCGUCCUGGAUGCCGAGGUGGAACAGCAAGCAGCGAGUCGCAUCGUAAGCGAACAGCCGCCGCCACAGCGAAGCGAUCAGCCGCUACAGCAGGAGAGGAGACCCGACGACGACGUCUGGGCUGCAAGUCGCGCUCGUCUCGCCGCCAAAGGUCAGCUCGACCCAGAUACGCAAUCCGAACCACAACCAUCAGCCGAUCUGCAAGACGCAAUGAACCGCAGAGCCGCAAGACGAGCCGAACGCACCAACGACGACGCAGAACGCGAGCGCGCACGUCGCGAGAUGUCCAAAUCGCCGCUGGAUGCCUUUGUACCCAUGCCCAAGUCGCGCCGAUAG